UCGCUGGAUUCGAUUAGUGAAUCCCAGAGUUUCUGCUUGAACGGUUGAUGCGCCCAAUUAUGGCAGACCUCGUACAAGUUGCUUUCAUCGGUUUGAUCGUAUUGCAGAUAAGAAGUAGUGUCCAGCAGAUUCCUUUCGAGUGUGGAAAAGUACAGAUUGGCAAAACCGCACUCAUAACGAACGCGGAAGACACUUCCCCGGGGGAAUGGCCAUGGCAUACGGCGAUCUACCACAAGAAAGGUCGCUCGGAUAGCUAUGCCUGUGGUGGUACGCUUAUUAGUGAGCUGUUUGUCUUGACGGCAGCGCACUGUGUUCUGAACAAGGACAACGGAUAUGAGCUGUCGAAAAAUCGGAUUUUUGUACGAUUGGGUGUACACAACCUAGAUGCCAUAAACACUCGGUCGUUGCAGCAACACUCCGUGGAUCGAAUUUAUAAGUUCAGCAAUUUCUCCAGAGAUGUUCUCAAAGACGACAUUGCGUUGAUAGAACUGAGUACAGUCGUACAGUUUAACGAGUACGUACAGCCAGCAUGUGUUAAUCUUAUAAAAGAUCUCUCGGGUGACAAUGGAACAGCGAUUGGCUGGGGAGUGACGGAAGAUGACGAAACUUCCGCUGUUUUGAAAAAAGCGCAGAUGCCGGCAAUUAAUGAUGUCACGUGUCUUGCAAGUAAUCGCGCAUUGUUCGGAAAUACUCUUGAUGACAGUAUAUUUUGCGCAGGAUACACAAACGGAACCAGUGUUUGUAACGGAGACAGUGGUGGGGGUUUGUUCUUCAAACGGAAAGAUGUUUGGUAUUUGGGCGGAAUAGUAUCUUUUGCGGAGAGUCGAGCUAGCAAUGUCAAAUUGUGCUACACCUAUGGUUAUGGAGCAUUCACGAAGGUGUACAAAUACAUUUCUUGGAUACAGCAGAUUACAAGAUUGCACUUCUCUAUGGGUGAAGGUGUCGCCCCGAUGGAUGAUCUGCGCGAAGAGUUUGGCAGUUGCGAUGCGGCAGCUUUCGAUCCUGCAAAAACAUACGGCGACUACCUACCUCAAAACUGCGGGAGUUAUUCGACCAAUCGCAUUCUGAAUGGAGUGAAAGCGAAUGUUUUCGAGUUUCCCUGGAUGGCGCUCUUGCGUUACAAAGUACCACCAGAGGAUGACUUUAUGUAUAUUUGCUCUGGGACGCUGAUUAGCAAUCGCUAUGUUCUUACCGCUGCUCAUUGCGCGAGGAACAAUAUGCAACCAUAUAAAGUCCGAUUGGGAGAGCACACCAUUGAUCAAGACAAGGAUUGUAAUCCAGAUGACGAUUGUGCUCCUCCUGUGCGUGAAUACGGCAUUGAUUGUAUAAUUCGACACCAGGAUUACAACGGACGCACUAAGAAGAAUAAUAUCGCUUUGAUCCGGCUGAAUAAGAAAGUCAUAUUAGAGGUUCACAUCCAACCAAUAUGUUUACCGGUAACGCCUUCGUUGAAACGAGCUGAACCAGCAAAAUACUACAUCACCGGUUGGGGAGACAAAGACGAUGAUCGAAAAUCUUUGACCCUUCUGAAGACAACUGUUUCACGUGCAGAUCGGUCUGAGUGCGAUGAGUGGAUGGCAUUGGUGGGGUUAUCUUUGGAUGAAAACCAACUAUGUGUGGGAGGAAAAAAUAUGAGCGAUUCGUGCAGCGGCGAUGGUGGAGGACCCCUAGGCUAUGUCGCACGCUACAACGGAUUUCGCUUCGUGCAGUUUGGAAUUAUUUCAUUCGGGUCUGGUUGUGGGAAUGUACCCUCGAUUUAUACUAAAGUUGCUAGUUACAUGGAUUGGAUUAGAGCUAAUAUGAAACCUUGAAAAUAUUAUUGGAUUUAUUAGAAUGAAAUAUACUUCUUCGGCAUUUUA